AUGCCGACUCAACUGGUGAAUCAGGAUAACCACCAGAACGAUGUCCGAGUGAAGACGGUGUACAACGGUGAUGUGAUGAUCACGUACAUCAACCACAACAUCAACUUCGAAGAGUUCACGCAGGAGAUGGUGGCUAUAUGCCGUUUCAUGCCUGAUCAGGUGUUUACUAUGAAGUGGGUGGAUGAGGAAGGCGAUCCGUGCACCAUAUCGACGCAGUUGGAGCUGGACGAGGCGCUGCGGCUCUACGAGAUCAACAGGGACUCCGAGCUCACUGUUCACGGUGUAGGGACCGCAGCCCCGCAAGAUGGCGCUGCGAACUUCCACCCUAAUUAA